CAGGAAAUGACGUCAUGUUGUUAUUAUUCCAGGAAGAAGACUCGGGAAAGCCCUGAACUGCGUCAACAGUAUUUCUAUGAUACAGUUGGAUGUUAGCUGAUGUUUGAGAUGUCCACAAGCCACUGCUGAACGAUUUUAUGGCGUUGUUCCUGGACGGGACCCUACUGAGCAGAACCAUGGACACAUCAAACUUUGCCCACGUCAUCUUCCAGAACGUGGGGAAGAGUUACCUGCCCCACGCUGCGCUCGAGUGUCACUAUACCCUGACGCAGUUCCUCAAGCCAAAUCCAAAGGACUGGGUCGGGAUAUUUAAGGUUGGUUGGAGCACGGCGAGGGAUUAUUACACAUUCUUGUGGUCGCCUCUCCCUGAGAACUACGUGGAAGGCAAGCCAGUCAACCGAGUCGUGGUCUUUCAGGGUUACUACGUGCCCAACGACGACGGCGAGUUCUACCAGUUUUGUUACGUGACCCACAAAGGGGAGAUCCGGGGGGCCAGCACUCCUUUCCAGUUCCGCGCAAACAGCCCUUCAGAGGACGAGCUGUUGACGGUGGAGGAUGAAUGCAACUCUGACAUGCUGGUGGUCACCACCAAGGCGGGCCUGCUCGAGCAAAAAGUGGAAGAAGCUCAGAGGGAGAAAGACGAGCUCCUCAAAAACAUGGCGCUGAUUCAGCAGGAGAAGGAGCAGCUGGAGGCCGAGAGAGACGGACUGCAGAAGGAGUUUGAGCAAGAGAAGGAGACCUGCGCCCAGCUGAGGAGAGAGAUCCAAGAGGGGCUGCACUCCUCUCAGGCCCUCCAGGAGGAGAAGGAGGAGGUCAAGAGGAGGCUCGAGGAGGCCACGGCCAGGAUCGUGCAGCUGGAGGAGGAUCUGAUCGGAGUCACGCAGAAGGGCCUUCAAAAGGAAACCGAGCUGGACGGGCUUAAAGAUCGUUUGAAGAAAGUGGCUGUUGAGAAAGAGGCUCUUGAGUGUCACCUGAAGAACGAGAAAGACGAGAAGGAGCUCUACAAGAUUCACCUGAAGAACCGGGAGCUGGAAAACACUAAGCUGAGUGCGGAGCUGCAGAUGCUGAAGUCAGUGGACGUAAACAAGGAAAACACCAUUGCCCAGUUCAAAGAGGAGGUGGGGCGCCUGCAGACAUGCCUGACAGAAAAGGAGAAACAGUACAAAGAGGUCCUGGCCAAAGUUUAUCCUCUGGGUGACAUGAAGGCUCUGAAGGAGCAGCUUCGGCAGAAAGAGGAGCAGCUCCAGGCCAACCAGCAGCAGCUGACUCUGCUGGCCGCCGAGCUGAGGGAUGCCUCCAGCACGCGAGACCGCACCAUGUCGGACCUGUACCACAUGAAGGUGGAGGCGGACGCUCUUCGCCAGGCCAAGGCCGAAGCUCAGGCCCAGUGCGUCCGCCUGGAGCUCAUGGUGGAGCAGAUGAAGGCCGUCACCAAACAGGAAGUGACCAAAUCAGAGGAGGAGGCGUGCACGGACCCGGCCGUCGUGGCCGAGCUGCAGAGGGAGGUGGAGGACCUGAAGCUGCGGCUGCUCAUGGCCGCAGAUCACUACAAGGAGAAGUACAAGGAAUGCCAGCGCCUGCAGAAACAAGUGUUCAAGCUGUCUGAGCAGCAGGGGGAGGUGAAGAAAAGCACAGCACAGGAGGCCGCCGCAGUCCCUGCAUCAGGGAGUCCAGACACAUCAGUGCCAGGCAGCCCCGGUUCUGCCGAUCCCAUGUUGGAGGCCAUCAUCCAGGAGAAGCUCAAAGGCAUCAGCAGGGAGGCCACAGACAGAAAUGACAGAUACAGGAAAUGCAGGCAGAUGCUGAUGGAAGAAAAGGAGCGCAGCAGCACGCUGGCCGACGAGCUGGCCAAGACGGAGCUGAAACUGAAGGAGCAGCUGAAGACCAACGAGAGCCUGAAGCUGCACCUGGCUGCCGCAGAGGACCGCUACAAGAGUCAAGUAGCUGAGAAGGGCCGGGAGCUGAAGGAGCUGAGGGACACGUUCACACUCGUCAUGAAGGAGAAGGAGAAACUGGAGGGGGAGAUUCAGAAGAGUAGCGGUAAGAAGGGCGACCAGGGUGCCAGUGAGAAGAGCAGUUUGGAGAACCUCCAGACCAGCGUGCCUUUAAUACUCCAGUACCCUGUCCCUUACGCCCCCGAUACCCCCACCCCCCUGCUGGUCUCCCAGAGCCCAAGCAAGCUCCACUUCGGGAACCCGUACUCCAUCUCAGACUCAAAAGACGAGACGGAGGAGGAGUUCUCGGAUAAUCAGCCUCUCAAGCUGCCCCCCGUGGGCCCGCCCUCCUGGGACAGCAACGUGGUCUGCAUCCAACCCGCCCGCAACCUCAGCCGGCCAGAAGGACACGAGGAGGCCGAGGAGAACAACAACGUCAACAGCGACGAACAGCCCCUGGGAACAGAGACGCGCAGCGCGUUCGUCAACGACGGACAAACCCCUUUCUGCUUCGACUCCAGCAUGGACAUGAAGCGGUGUCCGCUCUGCGAGGUCAUCUUCCCGCCCAACUACGACCAGAGCAAGUUCGAGGAGCACGUCGAGAGCCACUGGAAGAUCUGCCCCAUGUGCAGCGAGCAGUUCCCGCUGGACUGCGACCAGAAGGUGUUCGAGAACCACGUGCUCACUCACUUCGACGGCCACACGCUCAACUUCGACUGAAGCGGCGGAGGGAGGGGGGGGGGGGGGAGGCCGAUCCAGCCCGCCGCCGCCGCCGCCGCCGGCUGAAAAAGAAUCACUUUAAACUCUCUUUGUGCAUGUAGUGGUGUACGGCUCCUCUCUGUAGAGCUCUUCUGACUUCUUUGCUUUCGUUAACUCAAGAGAUCCGCUCGGUGGUGAUGUCUAAACAUUAUUAUUUAGCGUGGAUCACGGGGCUUUUAAAUCAGUUUGCGAAUCGAACUUUUCGUUUAUAGUUUAAAUGUUUCCCUUAUUUUAGGACUUGGAAAGAGAAGACUGUUUUUAACCCUAUGAUUCUUAUUAUUGGUUUUCACAGAUCUGUAACGCAGCAGGAUGUAACGAGUCAGGGAAAAA